AUGUAAAAACCAAUAAUGAUAGAAAAUGAAAAAGAGUUUUGUUGCUCUAAAGGACAUAUGCUACCAGUCAUUACAAUAGCACUUGAUCCAAAAUUAUCAAGGAAUUAGAGACUCUUAUGCACAGAAUGUUUAGAAAAUGCAGACAUAGAUGGCAAAGCAGUUGGAUUAAAGAAAAUGAUAUAAUUAAUAGAAGAGAAUUAAAUUAAAAAGAUGGAAAAAGUUGAAACUAUCAUAAUGAAUUAAAUUAAAUUAAUUGAAUCAUUACAUAGUAUUGUUGAUUAAAUGAAAUCAUAUCUAAUGUAAUAAUUAGAAUAAUUGAUUACUAUAAUUAUUGGAUGGAUUAAGAAUCUAUAAUAACAAAGAUUAUAAUUUUCUCAAUUUAGUUUUUUUGAGGAAUUAGAAAUUAUGGUUAUGAAGUCAAAUUAACCUGAUUCCAAUUUAUAUAUCCAUGAGAUUUAGAAAAUCAAUCUCUGUUGGACUUCAAAAUUGAAUCCUAAAUUAGAAUAAUUUAAUUAAUUUGAUGCAUAUAAUUAAUGUAAGUAACACUUGUUGAGUUUAGAAUUAGAUUCUAAGAAAUAUACAGAAAAUUAUUAAUAAUUACAAACCAAUAUAAAAAUAAUGAAUUAAGAAAUAUCAUCGUUAAAUACUAAGACGAAUAUUCAACCAUUAUAAAAUGAUUAAUUUAUUAAUCAGUCGAAUAUCAAACCUUUCAAUUAUUAACUAAUCCAAGAAUGUUCAAUUUAAUAAAGUGAUUUGUGUCGUGCAAUAGCUAUUGAUAAAGGUUGUUCAACAUUGCUGGUUGGAUGUGAGUCACUAAUUAAAGUAUUUGAAUUCAACUAAGGAAUGAUCAAAAAAAUUUAAACUUUAAAAUAACAUAAGGAUUGGGUAUAAACUUUAAACUUCAUGCAUAAAUCUAAAUAGUUUAUAUCUGGAAGUUGUGAUCAUUCGAUAAUAAUAUGGAAAUGUAACUAAAAUAAUUAAUGGAGUUUUAAAUAGAUACUAAAUGGACAUAAUAAUAGUAUCUAAUGUUUAAUCAUAAAUACUAAUGAAGAUCUAAUAAUAUCAGGGAGUGGUGAUAACACUAUAAAAUUUUGGAUAAAUAAGAAUUAAUGGUUGUGCUAAUAAACAAUAAAGGAAUACUCUUAAUCUGUAUUAGGAUUGAGUUUGAAUUAAUAAUAAAAUAGAGUUGUAUCAUGUGGAUAUGAUUAUUAUAUAUUAAUAAUAGAAUAAUCAGAAUAGAAUUAAGAAUGGAGACUAAUAUAAAAGAUUACAAUUGAAAAUUAUGGAUUUCGAGUAUGCUUUAUUGAUAAUAAUAUGUUCACAUUUUCACCAUAUAAUAAAGAAGAGAUAUCUAUUUUUGAGUUGAAUAAUAACAAUAAAUAAUUUACCAAAACUAAAUCUAUUCCUAUAAAAAGUGGAUAAGAUGUCUAUGCAAGAUUUCCUUAACAAUAUAUAAAUUAAAAAAGUAUUCUUGUCUGUAAGAAUGGAGAAUAUGUCAAUUUGAUUACGAAAAAAGAAAAUGGAGAAUUUCUAACUGAAUAAUCUAUUCAUUUUGAAGUUGAUGAUUUAUAUGGAACAAUGAGUGAUGACGGAGUGUAUUUGAUCACAUGGGAUAAUAAAUCAAAGUAAAUACAAAUAAGGAGAUGUAAAGAAUAAUGAG